GCAUUUGUUAUUCCGCACUAUGGCAAUGCUUGCAAGAGAGAUGGAAAAACCAAUUACCGUUCUCAGUAUUGAUGGAGGAGGCGUUAGAGGCAUCAUCCCUGGGGUUUGUCUUGAUUUUCUUGAAUCUGAACUUCAGAAACUGGAAAAAGACCCUAAUGCCAGGCUUGCGGACUACUUUGAUGUCAUCUCAGGGACUAGCACUGGUGGUCUUAUUGCGGCAAUGAUAUCAGCACCCGGUGACGACAAACGGCCUUUAUAUGCUGCCGAAAAGAUUGUGCCUUUCUACAAAGAGAACUGCCCAAAAAUUUUCCCAAACUCAGGCAACUGGUUCGGACCAAACAAAACCUUUGCCGGGGAAAUAGAACUAAAAAUUUCAGAAACUUGUGAAGACGAUGGUCAGACGUCAGUCACAGAAGCAUAUGAGGCAAAAUUUGAGGAAAUUCGAGGUAUGAAAAAACCAUACCAUGAUGGUAAAUACCUUCAAAAAUUGGCAAAAGAUAUUCUUGGGGAGAAAAGGCUGCAUGAUACCCUGACGAAUGUCGUCAUUCCUGCAUUUGACAUCAAGAAGUUCUCGCCUGUUGUCUUUUCCUCCUACCAGGUGGAUAAUGGGAAUAAAGUUUUGGAUGCUCUUCUUUCAGAUAUUUCUAUUAGCACCUCGGCUGCACCAGUUUACCUUCCUGCUUAUAAGUUCAACAACGAAGGCGUAGAAUUCAAUAUGAUUGAUGGUGGGGUUGCCGCUAAUAAUCCGACUGUAGCUGCUAUUACCGAAGCAGUGAAAGGAAGGUCGAAAGAGAUGGACGUCAAUUCAUUUCGUCUUGUUGUACUCUCAUUGGGAACAUGUCAACACAAGACCGAGAGAUACAAUGUUGAAAUGGUUAAUAACUGGCAGGAUUUUACCUGGUUGAUUCGCCUGAAAUGGAAAGGGUGGAAAUUGCCGGAAGUGGAUCAUCCUUUACCUGAUAUCCUCUCUGAAGCAAACUCCGAUAUGAUUGAUUACUAUUGCACAAUGUUUUUUGAAUCGUUCCGUAGUGCUGAAAAUUUCCUUCGUGUCCAGGACGACAAAUUGCCGGAAGACCUUGCUGCCAUGGAUAAUGGUUCCCCUGCGAACUUGGAAAAAUUGGAGAAGUAUGCCAAAGACUUGUUGAACAAGCCUGUUACAUACUUCAAUCCUGUUACCUUCGAACGUUCUGAGGUUGAUACCGCUGAAACCUAUGCAGAAGCACUCAAAAUGUUUGCACAGAAGCUUUAUGAUAUAAAGCACGGUAACUGAGGCCGAACUGCCGAAGCCAUAACAAAGCAUGAUAGAUAUUUCUCUUUCGGUGGGGAUACACCAAUAAGCUGAUAGGGCUACUAUUAUAUGUUGGAUUUCAAUGGAAGCCCCAGAGCAUGUAAUAAAGUACGGUCAUAUAUAUAUGUACACCUGUGUGUAUGAUAGAUAUUUCUCUUUCGAUGGAGGUACACCAAUAAGCUGAUGAGGCUACCAUUGUACGUUGGAUUUAAAUGGAAGCCCCAGAGCAUGUAAU